CCUUAUAAGGAACUGGUUAAUCAUUUCUGCGAACCACUAGUUAAUCAUUCUUGUUAUUUCUCUAACUACAAACACUACUUGGAAACAUGGCUGCCUGUUGAUGUGGACUCAUAAUAUACUACAACCCAAUAAAUCUACAGCAAGACAGUUAACCCUGCUAAACACACUAUGAAGAUUUCACCAGUAUCCAUCUUUAUCCUUGUUGCUGUAGCUGGGUCAGUCUAUUCAGGUAUCCAGCCGCCUGUGAUGGUAAUCAACCCACGUGCCCUGGUACUAUUUACAGAGUUAGAGACUGUGGACCUUCCAUGCAAGGCCAGUGGAGAACCACAACCUACGUACAUCUGGAAAAAGGACAAACGGGACUUCAACGUGGCUGGCAGUGAUGACCUUAUCUCCACAGUAGAAAACGAGGGAACACUUGUCUUCAAGCAACCCAAAAAGAAGGAUGCCGGCACGUAUCAAUGUUUUGCAAACAACUCUUAUGGGGUGGCCAUGUCAGGCAUCGUUGAGCUACGUCUUGCCUUCCUGCAGCCGUACACCAAUCAGGAACCAGAGACCAUCACUGUAUCACCAGGGUCAUGUCUCGUCCUCCCUUGUAACAAGCCAAUCAGUUACCCUGAGGCCAAAUUCACAUGGCUAUUGAAAUACAGUGAUGGGCGAUUAAAGGUCCUUGACUUCACUGAGCGAAUCCAAAUGGAUCACAAAACCAACCUUGUCUUUGCAAAUGUACAAGAAGAAGACUCCUACAAAGACACUGCCUAUGUUUGCGCUGCAACCAAUUUGUUUUUACGAAGAAUCAAUAUGCUUAAUACCAUUUAUUUGAGAACCUUACCAGAGCAGCUUAAAGACUACCAGAUUCAUAUCCUCAGUGCUAGCCCUAGCAAGAUGGUCUUUCUGAAGGGAGACACUGUGGAGUUGCAGUGUAUAUUCGGUGGACAUCCGACACCAAAGAUCAGGUGGUACCGAAAUGGCAAAUUGAUACAUCCGAAUACAAAGUAUGCAUUUUCUAAAUUUGAUCAUCAGCUGGAUAUUCGGGAUGCUGGGUUUGAGGAUGAGGGAGAUUACGAAUGCCAUGCAAGUGAAAGGAGCUCUGGUCAGAUAUUGCAACACACCAUGAGAGUGGAGAUUGAAUCUAAACCUGAAUGGACCACGAAACCAAAAAGUAUUGUGACCAGUGGGGGCAGUUCAGUUACCUUCAUCUGUAAUGGAACCGGCAAACCUCCCAUCAGUAAACCUGUGUGGUACAUCAACGGAAAGAGAAUUAACGAAUAUUCCAAUAAAAAUAAGUUUAUAGUAGAGGAAACCUACCUGAGUAUCAUCAACGUCACACGCCAAGAUUACAUGACCAUCCAAUGUAAUAUCAGUAAUAUCCAUGGGUAUAUCUUCGCUGAGGCCUUUCUAAGUUUCCACGAGACGAUAAGAAUGGAACGUUAUCCAUCUGAUUUGGAGGUGAGCAAAGGAGCGGAGGCAAUAUUCACAUGUGCUGCCACAAGUGAUACCAUGCAGGAAGAUGACUUACGAACCAUUUGGUGGAAGGACGGCAAGGCUAUAGCCAUCGAUGACAGAAUAAGCCAAAACUCCCAGAACAAUUCACUGACCAUCAGGAGUGUGACCAGAAAGGAUGUUGGCCGUUACACAUGCAUGGUCACAGAUGGAUUGGAUAGUGUCAAUGCAUCAGCAUUUCUCUCUGUUAAAGAGAAGAUAAGAAUGGAACAUUAUCCAUCUGAUUUGGAGGUGAGCAAAGGAGCGGAGGCAAUAUUCACAUGUGCUACCACAAGUGAUACCAUGCAGGAAGAUGACUUACGAACCAUUUGGUGGAAGGAUGGCAAGGCUAUAGCCAUCGAUGACAGAAUAAGCCAAAACUCCCAGAACAAUUCACUAACCAUCAGGAGUGUGACCAGAAAUGAUGUUGGCCGUUACACAUGCAUGGUCACAGAUGGAUUGGAUAGUGUCAAUGCAUCAGCAUUUCUCUCUGUUAAAGGUACCCAGCCACCUGUGAUGUUAAUCAACCCACCUACCCAGGUACUGUUUAAAGAAUUUCAGACUGCGGUACUUCCAUGCAAGGCCAGUGGUGAACCACAACCAACGUACACCUGGAAAAAGGACAAACAGGACUUCAACGUGGCUGGCAGACGUGACCACAUCCUCACAGCACCAAACGAGGGAACACUUGUCUUCAAGCGACCCAAAAAGAAGGAUGCCGGCACGUAUCAAUGUUUUGCAAACAACUCUUAUGGGGUGGCCAUGUCAGGCAUCGUUGAACUACGUCAUGCCUUCCUGCAGCCAUACAUCGAUCAGGAACCAGAGACCAUCACUGUCUUACCAGGGGCAUCUCUCGUCCUCCCUUGUAACAUGCCGUUCAGCUACCCUGAGCCCAAUGUGACGUGGGUAUUGAAACGCGAUCAUUGGUCAACCAAGGCCCUUAACUUCACUGAACGAAUCCUAAUGGACCGCCAAGGCAACCUUGUCUUUGUUAAUGUACAAGAAGAAGACUCCUACAAAGACACUGCCUAUGCUCGUGUGGCUUUCAAUAUGUUUGUACGAAUAUUCUCAGUGGGUAAAAGCAUUUACUUGAAAACCUUACCAGGGCAGCCUAAAGACCACCAGAUUCAAAUCCUCAGUGCAAGCCCUAAAGAGAUGGUCUUUCUGAAGGGAGACACAGUGAAGCUGGAGUGUAUAUUUGGUGGACAUCCGACACCAAAGAUCAGGUGGUACCGAAAUGGCAAAUCGAUACAUCCGAAUACAAAGUAUGCAUUUUCUAAAUUUAAUCAUCAGCUGGAUAUUCGGGAUGCUGGGUUUGAGGAUGAGGGAGAUUACGAGUGCCAUGCAAGUGAAAGGAGCUCUGGUCAGAUAUUGCAACACACCAUGAGAGUGGAGAUUGGAUCUAAACCUGAAUGGACCACAAAACCAAAAAGUAUUGUGGUCAGUGAUGGCAGUUCAGCUACCUUCAUCUGUAAUGGAACCAGCAAACCUCCCAUCAGUAAACACUUGUGGUACAUCAAUGGCAUAGAUAUUCACCAAUAUCCCAAUAACAAUAAGUUUAUAGUAAGGAAGACCAACCUGACUGUCAUCAACCUCACAUACCAAGAUUCCAUGACCAUCCAGUGUAAUAUCAGUAAUAUCCAUGGGUAUAUCUUCGCUAAUGUCUUUCUAAAUGUCUUCGCCAAGCCCCCAGAUAUACUAGAAGACAAGGAGAAAACCCAGAAGCAUGCUGAGGGUCAAUCAAUAAACAUUACAUGCAGGACAACUGGCUAUGAUUUGGUGCAGGUGCACUGGUCAAAGGACAACAAAGAGGUGACAGGUGGCAGGUUUCGGACACUGAGCAACGGCAGUCUAAACAUCAAGAAUUUGGUCUUAGCAGAUGCUGGCGUCUAUCGUUGUGAUGUUAGCAACAAGUAUGGAAUGGUCUCGGCAACAAGGACACUUAUAGUUCGACGCAAGACAAGAUUUGAACACUUCCCAGUAGAUUUGGUGGUGUAUAAAGGGGAAGACGCAAAAUUCACAUGUGUUGCCAUGACAGACCCUAUGGAAGCUGACAAUCUGCGUAUAGUUUGGUCCAAGGAUGAUGAUGUCACAGUCAUUGAUGAGAAGAGGAUCAUCCAGAAUCCCAAAGACAAUUCACUGAUCAUCAGGAGUGUAAAGGAAACGGAUGCUGGCCUCUAUUCAUGUGUGGCUACAAAUGGAUUGGAUUUUAUCAAAGCGUUUGCUCGUCUCAAAGUAAGAGCCAAGAUAAGAAUUGAACCCUCUCCAUCGAAUCUGGUCAUGAAGAAAGGGGAAGAUGCACAGUUCAUGUGUGGUGCCACAACUGAUUCCAUUGAGGUCAACAACCCGCAUAUCAUUUGGAGGAAGGAUACUGAGGUCAUAGACAUCAAUGAAGACAUCAAUGAAGUCAUCCAGAAUUCCAAAACCAGUUUAUUGAUCAUCAGGAAUGUAACCAGAAAUGAUGCUGGUCGCUAUAUGUGUCUGGCCAUAAAUGGAUUGGACAUUGUCAAUGCCUCAGCCCUUCUCACAGUCAAAGAUGGAGGUACACAGCCACCUGUGAUGUUAAUCAACCCACCUACCCAGGUACCGUUUAAAGAAUUAGAGGCUGUGGUAGUUCCAUGCAAGGCCAGUGGAGAACCACAACCUACGUACACCUGGAAAAAGGACAAACGGGACUUCAACGUGGCUGGCAGUGAUGACUUUAUCUCCACAGUACCAAACGAGGGAACACUUGUGUUCGAGCGACCCAAAAAGAAGGAUGCCGGCACGUAUCAAUGUUUUGCAAACAACUCUUAUGGGGUGGCCAUGUCAGGCAUCGUUGAGCUACGGCUUGCCUUCCUGAUGCCGUACACCAAUCAGGAACCAGAGACCAUCACUGUGUUACCAGGGGCAUCUCUCGUCCUCCCUUGUAACAAGCCAAUCAGUUACCCUGAGGCCAACGUGACGUGGGUGUUGAAACACAAAGAUGGAUCAUUCAAGGCCUUUGACUUCACUGAACGAAUCUUAAUGGACCACCAAGCCAACCUCAUCUUUACUAAUGUAUUAGAAGAAGACUCCUGCAGAGACGCUGCCUAUGUCUGCAUGGCUACCAACAAGUUUAACCGAGAAGCCACACGGGGCAAACCGUUUCAUUUGAAAACUAUACCAAUGCCACCUGAAAAUCACCAGCCUCAUCUAAUCAAUGUUGCCCCUAAUAAGGGGCUCUUUCUUAAGGGAGACACAGUGAAGUUGCAGUGUAUAUUUGGUGGACAUCCGACACCGGAAAUCCGAUGGUUCCGAAACACUAAAGAGAGAAGAAUACAAAUAGAGCAGGAUACAAAGUAUCGGUUUUCCAGCUCUAAGCAUCAGCUCAAUAUUCUGGAUGCUGGGUUUGAGGACGAAGGAAUCUAUGAAUGCCACGCACGUGUAACAAGUUUCAGCCAGGCAAUGCAACGAGUCAUGACCGUGAAGAUUGAAUCUAAACCUGAAUGGACGAAACCAAAAAGUAUUGUGACCAGUGUGGGCAGUUCAGUUACCUUCAUCUGUAAUGGAACUAGCAAACCUCCCAUCAGUAAACACAUGUGGUACAUCAAUGGAAAGAGAAUUAACGAAUAUCCCAAUAAAAAUAAGUUUAUAGUACAGGAAACCAACCUGACUGUCAUCAACCUCACAUACCAAGAUUCCAUGACCAUCCAGUGUAAUAUGAGUAAUAUCCAUGGGUAUAUCUUCGCUGAUGCCUUUCUAUAUGUCUUUGCUGAGGCACCGGAUUUGCUAGAAAAGGGGAACAUGACCCUGAAGAGAUCCGAGGGUCAGACCAUAAACAUUACGUGCAAGACAACUGGCUAUGAUUCGGUGCAGGUGCUUUGGAUGAAGGAUAACAAACAGAUGACAGGUGACAGGUAUCACAUACUAAGGAAUGGCAAUCUAAACAUCAAGAAUUUGGACUUAACAGAUACUGGCGUCUAUCAUUGUUAUGCUAGUAACAAGUAUGGUAUGGUCUCAGCAACGAGGAACCUUAUAGUCCGACGCAAGACAAAAAUUGAACCCUCAGCAUUUGAUAGAAGAGUGAAGGAAGGAAGGGCUGUAACGCUCCCCUGUGCUGCCACAACUGACCCUAUGGAGGUGGACAAUUUGCAGGUCAUUUGGUUGAAGGAUGGAAAAUCCAUAGACAUGGAUGAGGGGAGAAUAAUUCAGAACACUCAGGACAAUUCACUGACCAUCAACAGUGUAAUAAUUGGAAAGGAUGGUGGCCGCUACACAUGUGUGGCCACAAAUGGAUUGGAUUGGGCCAAAAUGUCAACGUUUCUUUAUGUCAUGGGUCCUUAGAGAUGGUGAAACAGGUGUCCAAGAAGAAGACCCCAUCCUAAUAUUAAGGCCCUUAUGCUGAAGAUCUGCUGUAACGACAGUGAUGGGGUCAGUGUUGAGGUGCCUCAUGUGAAGUACCUCUUGCCUGCACACCAUUGAACACACUCUCUUCCUCACCCACCUCUCUCUCUCUCUUACAUACACACACACAUUUACACUUACAUAUACUUAUAUGCAUUACAUAUAUACACUAUACCUGUUUGGAAGCCACUCCUGCUGCAAUUACAACCAUUGUUGCCAUUGUCAUGUAUUAUCCACAAUUGCAGGGCAUUGAUGAGACUACAACAAAAGUCUUCUUCACAUUGGAUGAAGCCAUAACGUGACCUCCUUCUUUCUCAACAUGUCUUCUUGGCAGAGACCUCAUAGAGGUUCGUUAUGGCAUUCUCCAGUUACAAUCCUCAUUAUUUGUUAUAUUUGUCAAAUCAAACAGGAUUUAAAAUCCAGUUUGCUCUUCAUCCUCUUGGGAGCAAUCUUAUUGACUAACCCUCUUUCAAAAAUUUCUGGUUUUGUGCUAAUAUGAGAAAAAAAGAUAAACUCCAGAUCCCUAUUUCUGUCAAAAUACUCUGCAUUUGUUUCAUUUAAUUUGGAAAGCAAUGAAGAAUUUAGAAAAAAUACCUGCCAUUAUUAAGCAGGUAUUUGGAACAUAAAUUAACCUGAAAUUUUAAUUUAGAUAACUUUAACCGUU